AUGUGCUCAGCACAAGAGCAAACUCUUUUUCAGGUGAAGAACUCUCAUGAAUCAGCCAUGCAUAUGACUGAAGACACCGUUUCAAGGAGGCUUGGGGCCACUAACAAAACGUGCUUGUAUUUCAUCAUUGCGACACUUGUUGCUUUACUCAUCUUUGCUUUAGCCACCAUCAUGGUCUUAGUCAUUCAGAGGACGGCAGCUGAUCCAGCCACAGAGGGUGUUGCGAAACCUAUCAGGACAGGGAACACCUCCGAAGACUAUUUAAGAAUCCUACAGAGUGUCCCAAUCAAGACAGCUGCUGCGUACAUGAGAGUGUCAAACCCAGUAAACAGUUCAAAACUGAGCUUGAUCGAGAAGGGUGUUUGUGAAGACAUCCAGUGCAAGAGCGAGGAGCUGGUGAUAGAGAAACAAGGUCUCUACUUGAUCUACUGCCACUUGAACUUUUACUUUACCAGCUGUUCAAACAACCCCACAGACCUGAAUAUAGAGCUCCUGGUGAAUGACAAGAUCAGCAGGCAGACAUUAUCCACAUGGUGUGCAUCAGACUCCUGCCAAGAAAAGGCUUUUAAGACCUUGUUCCAGCUCCACUUGACACAUCUAAACGUGAAGGACCGGAUAUCAGUAAGACUUAAUCAGCCUGAAUUUUUGAAUGUAGCUUCCCUUCCCAAUGAAAAUAUUCUCGGGGUCUUGAUGUACAGUGACGAAAUGUGA